GUCAAAAUUGCUGUAAAAAAUGUCGAGUUUGAACGUUAUAAGUGAUCAUUCAUGGAAAAGUCUUCCAGGGAUUCCAGUGGAGACGUUUAAUCAAAUUAAUUUAAAAAUGUUGUUCUUGGAAGGCAAUUUAAUAACAAAUUUGCCUGAAGACAUGUUUUGUUCGUUCCCCAAAUUGGUUUGGCUAGAUUUGAGAAACAAUCAAUUACAGAGUAUUCCGAAAAGCAUCGCUCAUCAUGAAAAUCUGGAAACUUUGUUGCUAGCAAAGAAUAAUUUAAGAGAGUUACCCAACGAACUAGGAACUGUGGCCAAGUUGAAGACUUUGCAACUAAGCGAUAAUCCAUUGAUUUAUCCCAAUAGAGAUGUGUUAUCACAGGGAGUUCGGGCCAUUCUUAAUUAUUUACGUAGCGAGUACGAUAAGGAAAUGGCGGAAAACGAAAAAUUAAUAAACAUAAUAAACGAAGAGCCAGAGCAUGAGAUUGCAAUCGAAGUGCAAGAUAACAAUUGGAUAAAACAUGUUUUAUUGCAACAAACGACCGAACAGGAAUUGAAACCUUCUUUAUCUGUUAAGAAACUGACUAUUCCAAAUCAGUACAGGAAAAAGCCAUCGGAAACGAAGAAGCCGAAAGAAAAUAUGAAAGUCGUGCACAAAAUCAUAAGAAAUCCGUCUAAAAUAAGUCUUAAAUCAUACAUUUCUGAUGAAUCGGGUAACUCACAAGUUUCAAACAUCGCGUUAAAAAAUAUGUGGUUGGGAAAACUUAAGAUGAUACUCCACGAUCAGGAAAAGAUCCUCCAACAAGAACGGAAUGUAAGAGCACUAACGAACUGGAGGAUGGAAAAACUUCAAGAGUCGUACACGAGAGUGCCUGAAAAUCACGAGAUGGUAACUCCGUUUGGAACCUAUCCAGAGUACGGCAGGAUGUUGAGCAGGGACGAUUUAUCUAGAGAAUUGGAGGACUUUUUGAGAGAACAGAACAUGUGGACUAAAGAGCCAGGCGUUCCCUUGACAGCGACACUCGAAUGCCUCGUUGGCAACUUGCUUAACAAGUUGAAAAUUCUGGAGGAGCAGGAAUCGAUAAAUUUAUCACCGAGAAGCCAACAGAAUAAUAUUGAACAACAAAUUAGAAUGAUUACGGAAAUCCAUAAGAAUUUACUACAAAUACGAAGCUCUGGAAACAUGCAGUGAUCAUAAAUAAAAAUCAUAAUUGAAACUUA